AGCGGGAAAAUGGCGGCCAUUUUAGGUGGCGCCGGUUUUGAAGUUUUGUCUCGAGCGGCGGUUGUUGUUGCUGAGGAGGAGAGUGUUUGGGUCCCUUCUGGGCUUCGCCAUGCCGGCUGAGGCGACGUUGGGGCAGGAAGCGGAGGAGGCCUCGCCGCCGCCGCUUCACGGGGAGCUCCAGUACUUGAGGCAGCUGGAGCAGAUCCUGCGCUUCGGGCACCGGAAGGAGGACCGCACCGGCACCGGCACCCUCUCCGUCUUCGGGAUGCAAGCCCGCUACAGCCUCAGAGAUGAUUUUCCAUUGCUAACGACAAAAAGAGUAUUUUGGAAAGGAGUACUUGAAGAACUACUUUGGUUUAUCAAGGGUUCUACAAAUGCAAAAGAGCUUUCUGCUAAAGGGGUUAAAAUUUGGGAUGCUAAUGGUUCUCGUCAGUUCUUAGACAAACAGGGAUUCUGUUCUAGAGAGGAAGGAGACUUGGGUCCAGUUUAUGGUUUCCAGUGGAGACAUUUUGGAGCUGAAUAUAAAGACAUGAACACAGAUUAUACAGGACAAGGAGUAGAUCAAUUGCAGCAGGUUAUUGAUACUAUCAGAAACAAUCCAGAUGACAGAAGAAUUAUCAUGUGUGCAUGGAAUCCCAAAGAUAUCUCUGCAAUGGCCUUACCCCCAUGUCAUGCUCUAUGCCAGUUCUGUGUUGUGAAUGGUGAACUUUCUUGUCAGUUGUACCAGCGUUCUGGAGAUAUGGGAUUAGGAGUACCUUUCAACAUUGCCAGUUAUUCACUACUAACUUCAAUGAUAGCUCAUGUUACAGGCUUAAAGCCUGGUGAGUUCAUACAUACACUGGGAGAUGCUCAUAUAUACCUAAACCAUAUUGAACCUUUAAAAAUCCAGCUUCAGAGGCAACCAAGACCUUUUCCGAAACUCAAAAUUCUUCGCAAAGUUGAAAACAUCAGUGAUUUCAAAGCAGAUGACUUCGAAAUAGAAGGUUAUAAUCCUCAUCCAGCUAUAAAAAUGGAAAUGGCUGUCUAGUGGACUUAUUUCAAUAUUAUUGCUUUUAAUUUGUCAUGUUUAAUUUGUAGUACUGAUUUUAAAUACCAUUAAAACAUCUAGGUCAAAGUGUGGUUCAUCUUUUAUGAUAAAUGGUGCUGGUUUUACAUUGAAUCUGAAUGAAGUAUUUUAAAAAAUAUGAAUAGUUUUGUAUAGAGGACAUUCUAUCAGCUAGAAGGGAACUCGGUUGUACAGUUUGGUUGUAUGGUUUAUUUGUAUAAAGUUUAUCAUUCUGUUCUGUUAAAUAAAAGAUGUGCACUACUAUA